AUGAAAGAUAAGCAUGUGAGACUUAGGCGGGCUGACAACGUACCUCAACUACUGAGGGCCAAGAAGGCCAUAACAGCAAAGGAAUGCAUGGUGUUGAAAGAGAGUCUGUCGACGAAUCCGCUGUUGCUGAUGAUCUUGUUAUUGACCGUCUCAAAGGCACCUUAUAUGCUGCCUCAGAAUUCUCUAGCCGUCAAGUUCUCUCUGGCUGCUCACGUCCCUUCCUCUCUUGGGUCUCCAAUCGUGCCUGGUUCCACCGCACACCGAGUCCAUCCAGGAAUUUACAUCAGGAAAGCACCGAAGAGAAUCUGCCAACGCCGUCUCUCUGCUUCAAGAUCCGGGAAAUGGGACCUGUUGACCAAACUGGCUAGCACCGCAGUAACUCGGAAGCUAGGCGAUGGAAAGAAACCGGAGGUUGUUUAUUUGACAGCUGAGAGGUAUCCAAAUUCAUGGAAAUCUGCCUUCAUCAUCAGUAGAAGGAGAUCUGGCUGUACCUGGGUUUUCAAACCUUCCGGGCUUCCCUGCGAAGAGAAAAUGCUAUUCUAUGUCAGCCGCACCAAAAGGCUUUGGAUGAUUCGGGAUCUGCAGUGGAAUAUUUCAUAUUCAGGUGAUCUACAACUCAGAAGUCGCCUGAUAAUUUAUUCGUCUUACCGCAUUGCGCCGAAAGGUUAUCAGCGGGAUGAAGAACUAGUUGGCAGCAAGUAUACUUUGAUCAUGGCUUACCGCGCCGUAACAGACUGUCACUCGACAAAGCACUAUUCAAGCAUUCGGCUCGUAUCAAUCUUCGUCCCACGCCGCACACCCGGAGGAGCGAUGACAGAUGCAUCCCAGAUCAUCCGAUCAGACGUGCAAGUUUUGGAAGUUCUCCUCGAUGUCCACGGUAGCCACCAGAGAACCAGGAAGUCGACCCCAAAGCUCUGGCAAAUCAAGCAGAACCCCGAACAAGACGCCGUAGAAUGUCUACCUUUACAUAAGCCAAGUGCAAGCAGCGAAGUGGAUGACAGAAGGGAGCCCUGCAUGGUUUUGAGGCCUCAAAAUGGUUCACUCGCUGGCGUUGCAUGCUUCAGCACAUCAUGGCAUCCUCAUGUAGUGAAAGCGCAGCAUAGCAAGGCUGGGAUCGCGCUGAUGUAUAGUGCCUCAACGACCAAAUUUUAUCAAGCGCAUGGCUCUGUUCAGCGCAGUAACGGAUCAGAAGACCUCUAA